AUGCCCAAUUCUACGAUGAUGACAGAGUUCCUCCUCAUGGGAUUUUCUGAUGUAUGGGAAGUACAGAUUCUGCAUGCCAUAUCAUUCUCUCUGAUAUAUUUGGUGACUAUCAUUGGGAAUGUUCUCAUUAUUAUUGUCACAACCCUUGACAGGAGCCUCCACACUCCCAUGUACUUCUUCCUCAGGAAUCUGUCCAUCUUGGAUGCAUGCUACAUUUCUGUAACUGUCCCUAAUUCAUGCAUCAAUUCUCUGCUUGACAGAAGCACCAUUUCAGAGGCAGGAUGUGUAGCUCAGAUCUUUCUAGUAGUUUUCUUUGUGUAUGUGGAACUGAUGCUCCUGACUAUUAUGGCUCAGGAUCGCUAUGUUGCCAUCUGUCAGCCCCUCCAUUACCCUGUGAUCAUGAACACUCAGGUUUGUGUCCAGAUGACGCUGGCCUCCAUACUCAGUGGAUUGGUCUACUCAGGAUUCCACACAGGCAAUACUUUUCGGCUGUCCUUCUGUCAGUCCAAUGUGGUCCAUCAGUUCUUCUGUGAUAUCCCCUCUCUGCUGAGGCUUUCCUGCUCUGACAUCUUUGGCAAUGAGGUCCUAAUUCUUGCCUCUGGUCUAGGCAUUGGUGGUGGCUGUUUCAUUUUCAUCCUCAGGUCUUACAUUCACAUAUUUUCUACUGUGCUCAAGUUUCCAAGUGGAGCUGACCGAGCAAAAGCCUUUUCCACCUGUGUUCCCCACAUCCUCGUGGUCUCAGUGUUCCUCAGCUCAGCCUUUUAUGUCUACUUGAAGCCCUCUGUAAUUUCUGCAACCAUCCAGGAUAUGGUCCUUUCUGUAUUCUAUUCCAUAGUUCCUCCUCUCUUGAACCCGAUAACCUACAGUCUUAGAAAUGAUCAAAUAAAACAUGCCCUAAGGAAAAUCAUGAAAAGAAUAUUACUAGUAUGGCAGCAUAAGAGAAGUCAGUAUGUUUAUAUGCUGUCUGGAAUAUCCAAAAAUAAGUAUUACUAA